GUGGAAGAUGUGACCCAAGAAAGCUCGAGAACAGAGAGCAGCAAGGCAGAGUGAUUGUUCGUUCCAGACCACGAGUGGAUGCAACUCGCGGUUCGUGUGAUAUAUAUAUUUUUUUUAUUUUGCUGCAGGAAAUAAACCCAAAAAAUCUGCGUGUAGGGAGUUAGGAGAAUUAAGCAAGGACAUCUUUGCGAACUAGUUUAAAAGUUCGUAAGGAUCUUACAGAAUUGUGCUGUUGGUAUCCGCAGCAGCGCACUGCAGGCAUAGUGUUUUCCAGCUUAUGGUAAAACUAUUCUCGGUGUAACGCGUGUGCUUGGAAAACGAAACCGGUCGUGGUUGUGUGAUCUAACGAUCGAACACGGACUGGUUUAGCGGUGGAUGUGAAGCAGGAAGUAAAGGGAAGCAAAGAGAAACGUGCAAGCUAAGCUACGUGGCGUAGUGUGGUGUGUUCAUUCCUCAGGUUGAGUGUGUUUGUACGUUUCGUCGGUGUAUGUCCCCCGCGCGUCAUUAGGCGUAUCGUAAGUGUGAAUCUUUCAUCGCAUACAACAGUGGACGCGACAAAGAAGAAGUAAAACGCGAAAGUGCUCUCGUACCGUCAUACCAACCGGAAGCAGCUACACACUAAACACACACUCUCUCGCUCUUGCAUGCACACUCCUGAAGUGGCUUGACUGUUAUUUCGGGUAGAUAAACAAAGAGAAAUCCAAGAAAGCGCAUCUGCCUUGGUUGGUAACCAAGCAGAGAACAACAGUACAGUACAGUAGUGGUGGUGGUCGUCGUCGUGUACCUCUGCUUCUCGCUUUACAAACUUAAGUUCUUCUCCGUGUGCGAUCGCGCUGUCAAGCGCAUCUGUACGUGAGUAAAAUUCGGUCCCUAACGAAACCUACACCGUCGGUCCAGCGCUACACCAACGGCAACAAGCAGUACUGCGAGGUAACGGGAUCAUCGCAGAAGCAUCCUCUGCAUAGCAACGGUAGUCUACUUUCUUCGUCCAACAUUCCGGGAAAAAUAGAAAAAAUUGCGGUUCCGCCGUCGGUCGGGUUGCGGAGUGCAUAUCCUACUGCUGGUGCUUUGCCAACCUUCAAGACGGAAGACCCGAGGCAAACGGGGACAGAGUCUCGCGCCACGGGGAGGGAAAAUCCAGUCCCCCCCGCUAGCCGACGCUGGGUCCCACCAUCCCACACACCGCAACAUGGACUCACCGAAGAGGCCAGAAUUGAUUCGAUUUUUCGAAAAGUUCGUGGUAUUCUAAACAAACUUACCCCAGAGAAAUUCCAGAAGCUUAGUGAUGAACUGCUUGAACUAGACCUUAAUUCGCCGAAAAUUUUGAACGGUGUUAUUCUGCUGAUCUUCGACAAGGCUUUAGAUGAAUUGAAGUACUCGUCUAUGUACGCACAGCUGUGCAAGCGUAUACAAAAAGAGCUAGAAACCGACAUCGACAAGAGCAAAUCCAGCACCUUCCUGCAAAUCUUGCUGAACGUUUGUCGCGACAAGUUCGAGAACCGCGUCAAGUACAGCGAGCAGUUCAUCAACUCGGAAAGCCCGCUAACGGAUGAUUUGGAGGAGAAGAAAAAUGUCGCUAAACAAAAGAUAUUGGGCAAUGUUAAGUUUAUUGGCGAGCUGUACAAGCUCGGCAUGCUGGGCGAGCCUCACCUCUACGAGAUGCUUCGCUCGCUGUUCACCAACAAGUCCAACUCAUCGACGGAGAAGAACUGCGAGGACAUGGAAUGUUUGGCCCAGCUCAUUCGGACAUGCGGAAAGAAUCUGGAUACAGAGCUGGGAAAACAGCUGAUGGAUCAGUACUUCGAACGCAUUGAAAGGUACUCACAAUCGCAGUCGAUGUUCCCUCCGCGCAUUCGUUUCUUACUGCGCGAUCUGAUCGAACUGCGCAACAACAACUGGACACCACGCAAGGUGGCGUUGGUCGAGGGACCGACCCCGAUACAGGAGCUCAGCCUCGACGAUGAUGUACUUCCGCCCGGGCUGAACCACUUGCGAAAUCGGGACCGCGACUAUCGCAACAACGAUCGCAGUGAGCAACGCGAUUGGAUAGGCAAAUUUUCGUUCAAUUUGCAUAAUCUAAACGAUGGUUUCAAUUUGCUUAGCGUAUCCAGUCCAUCGCCGUUACUGCCGUCAAGCUACAAUCAAUCUUCAAACGGUUACGGAAACCGCGAUCAUCGCGACAAUGGAGGUGGUGGCGGAGGCGGUGGCAACUUACGGAUGCACAAUAACCGUAAUAACCAAGGGAUCUACGGCAACAACAACAUGCGCUAUAACAAACACAACAACCAUCAUCACCAGGGCAGUGGCGGAGGAGGCGGCUACAUGAGGGGGGAUGGUGGCAAUGGAUCUCAUCAAUCGCCAUAUGGCGGAAAUUCGAACAUGAUGAUUAACAAAGACUUGGCGCCUCGGUUCAAGCGCAAUCUGAUGACCCCGCCUCAAAACCCGGUCGAGGAGCUGCAGAUGCGUCCUACUCCGAACAGUCUGCUGUUUAAGGCUAAUAUGAACAUCAAGCCCCAGCUGCCCAUCACUACCACAAUUGGCGGUGGAAGCGGCGGACCCGGAACCGGCGGUGGCACUGUGAAGGGUAAUUUCAACGGACCACCACUGAACGAGUUCCCAUCGCCACUGACCACUAGGACGCUUCUCAGCGAGCAGCGCAAUGCCGGACAGAUCAACAGUAGUGCCUUUUCGGGAGGCAAUAGCAACAGCAGCAGUAUGAUGAGCGGUGGUGCAAACUUUGGUGGAUCCGGUAGCUCGCCAGCUUCUGCGUCCUCGAGCACGGUCCCGCGCGGAGGAGCAAUGCAAACCGAUGGCAUGAUGGGCACGGGCAGAAACUCCGGUGGACCGCAACAAUCUUCGAAUCAAACCAGUUCUCCGAACGUGAUGAAUCAUCGCCACCACCAGCAGCAGCACAUGUCGCCGGGGAUGAAUUCGCGGCCGAUGGGUGCAAACGACGGUGGAAAUAUGCAUCUGAAUAAACACCAUUCGGACAUGAAUCAACAUCACCACCAUCAUCACUACCAAAACCAACAAGGAUCGCAUGGGCAGGUUGCUGAACACCAUCCCCACCACCACCACCAGCACCAACAUGGCCGUGACAUGAACGGCGGCGACAGCAGGAUGAACAGUAACCACCACGAACCAUCAUCGCAUCGUCCGCACAGCAGCGAGCAGCAAGGUGCGGGAGGGCUAUCGAACACGGCGGCUGGUGUCGGCACCGGCAACAGCUCUUCGCUCUUAAACGGCAGCAAAAUGGUGCAGAAAGACCAGAUCAGCAAGCAGGCUUCUGCGGACAAGGCCGAUAAGAAGAAGAAGGAGAAGGGUUUGAGCAAGGAGGACCACUUGAAGCGCAUCGCCACGUUCGUCAGCGACGUUAUGCUGGAUAACAUAAAACAACAAAUCGAGGAAGACGAGCAGAAGAAAGCCUCCGAAGUAGGAGCGGAGCACGAUGAAACGAACAACGACGAUGGCAACGUCGAAACCAGCUGCUCAACACCGGUAAAGGAGGUUGUGGUGGAAGUUGUUGACAACAGCGAAGUCAAAGCGACGGAAACACCUCCACCAACGCCGGCCGAUCCAAGCGAAGUGCCCGUCAAGAAAGCAUCUCUGAUUGAAAAUGCGGAAUUAAUAGAACAAAAGCUGAAAGAGCAGGACGACGUUGCCGAAAAGGAGAAGAAAGUGGAGCAGCAGGAUGGAAACGGAACCGUCGAUGAAAAGCUGGACAUUGGGUCCGAGACGCAAAAGGACGAGAAUGACGAUUCGAGGCCGCCGGUGUUGGUGGAAAACCAGCAGCAGCAGCCACAACAACAAGAUGAGCCGACGACUGCGACUGCAAGUGACGAGGUGACGGCGUCCGAUGAAGCGAAAGAGCAGGAAGAAAUGAAGGGCGAUGAUGAUGCUGCUGUCGUCGGUGUCAGCACGACACCGGAAUCGACGGAACUGCUGUCAGGCGAAAGGCAAACGGCGAAGAAAUCGUCGCUGAUGGAGCAACUGGUGAACGCGUUCUGCGAGCUGAAAGUUCCGGAAAAGUUUAUGCGCGAGGCCAUGAUUACGAUCCUCAACCAUGUGCUGGACCGCACCGAUGCGUACCACGCGAAAACGAUCGAAUUUUUGCAGCUGCUCCACAAGGAGACCAAACUGUCGCACAGUGCUGCGCUGGAAUCAUUCAAAUCGAUCGUGAACGGAAUGAACGAGAAGGAGAAAACCGUUCCGAAGAUCACGACCAUCGUCGCGUCGCUGCUGGCGCGUGGCGUCGCCGGCAGCCUGUGCCAGCUGUCCGACGUGGCCAAUUUUACCGAGAACGGGCAGCACUAUCCACUGUUUCUGCUCGUGCUGCAGCACCUGCACAAGCAGAUUGGCAAGCAGCCGCUGCAGGAGCUGUUCAACAAGAGCAAGGUGAAUCUGAUGGACAGCCUGCCGGAGUGCGAUCGUACCAAGGAUCGCAUGGCGGAAAUUCUGGAGGAUCGCAACCUUAACUUCCUCUACCCGUUGCUGCGCGUGCAGGCCGAACUGUGGAAGCAGAUUCUGUCGGACGCCAAUCCGCAGCAGUUUUACAAAUGGAUCAAGGAGAAUGUUGAGCCGUCGUGCUACGCGGAACAAGGUUUUAUCGUGGCUAUCAUGACGGUGCUGCUUAAGUACAUUCACCAGGAGUCGGAAAAUUUGAAGGAAGACAAGAAACGCAUCGAGAAGGAGAAGGAAAUCUUGACCAAGUACUGUCCGGUGCUGAACGCCUUCCUGAACGGCAAUAUCGAUCUGCAGCUGACCGCCGUCUAUGCAAUUCAAGUGUUCUGGUACAAUAUUGGCUAUCCGAAGGGCGUGCUGUUGCGGUGGUUCCAAGAGAUGUACGAGUUGAGCGUCAUCGAGGAAGACGCAUUCUUGAGGUACAAGGAAGACGUCACCGACAUUUAUCCCGGCAAGGGCAAGGCACUUUUCCAGGUCAACCAGUGGCUCACAUGGUUGGCCGAAGCGGAAGACGAAGAUGACGACGAGGAGGAUUAAGACCGACCCCGACCAGCAGCAGCAGUAGAGGAGAACCUUUUUCGCCCAAAAUUUCGGCGCCGUGGAGCGGGAUACUGCAACGCGCGCUUCCCCACGGCCCUUGGGAUUUUUUGCUUUCUGACGACGUACCUUUCUUUUAAGGGUUUAUAGAACACAUUUUCACCACCAGUAGUAGUAGGAAGCAUCCUCUGUUCUCAAACAUGCUUCCUGUUGGUUGAAACAUUAUUCUUCAAUGUUUCGAAAUGCCAGUAAAGCCUUGCGGCAUAUUGUGUACCCCGGGGAGGGGAGUUUUGUUGUGUGUGGUGCUCUUUUUUCCGAUGUGCGUGUAUCGUUGAAGCCGCCCGCAAAAUAAUAUUGAAUUGAGAAGUAGAACGAAGGUGAGAGCAUAUGCGCCCCGAGAUUCCUGCGUGUGUGUGUGUGUGUGUCGCUCAACUGAUUUUUUUUAGAACGCGCAUCGUAAUCAAUUCGCUCGGCCUUGUCCGUCUGUAAGGCGCAAUUGGAAGAUUUUAAAAUUGGAAAACGUUUAUCAGUUUAUCUCAUGUGUGUAAUAUCGCAAUAAUGUGUUGCGUCCCCUUCCUCUCCCUCUUCACCUUCCUCCUCUUACACGCUCAGAUUAGACAAUUUUGUUGUAUAGCGCACUGGCUAACUUAAUAUAAUUAUUUCAUCUUUACGUACGUGUAUUCUCUUGCUAAAAAAUCGUCAUACGCGACGACCGGUAGGGGGGCGCGGCAAUACGGAUAACAACAAUAUUCCACAUAAACAAAUUUUCAACAACAACAAAAAUAUAGAUAUAUAUAUUGGAUCAACUCUAAAAACUCUUCACGGUUUUAAUAAACGAUUGCCAGCUGUUGGCUGAAGGCAGUUUCGGUUCUCGCAAUAGAGAGAACAUCAAGUAUGGAAAAGCAAACAAAAGAAAAGAAAAGAAAUCAACAAUCUUCUUCGGCACGUAUUGGAAUGUACGCAUUAUUUAGGCAGAAGUUAAAGAACAAAGCGGUCGGUGGUAGUUAUGGGAUAGUAUGGAUUGAAAAAGAGACUUUUGUGUUUUUGGCUUUGUUUUGUGGGAAAACCUUAAUUCGAAAUGGAGUAGGGAGACUAUUGUGGCAAUUUGAACUCUGAGCUUCGAUUUGUAUUAAAUAGCCGCCUACAUGUAUGUGGCCAUAAGAAAGGCAUCGCGUAGAACGGAGACAGGAAUGGGAAAUCAUCAGCACAAUUCUUCAUGCUCUGACAGCAGCAGACACGAUUGUUCUCAAUGUAUCGAUCGAUCAAUGAUCGCUAUACUGUAGCAAAGCAAAUAUCUCAUUCUAGCCACAACCAAUGCACACAUCCCCCGUCUUCAUACGCUAUUGCACCACCGUUGCCGAAAAACACGUUAGAAAAGAAAGGAGAGGUGCAUUGAAAAGACGCGUUUUUCCAAUCGUUAAACAAUUCCUUCCACCCCAAAUUCCCCGUAGCAGAAGAAUCGCACUCUGACAGUGCUCCUCCAGUAUGUGUUCCACAGUAGGCAUCGUGCCCCGUUUCCCUCUCGCCAGACUUGGUUAAUGUACGCAACAUGCUGCAGCAGGAUAGUCCGUCAAGUGAUCAAGUAACACCCUGCCGUCUUCUCAUGAGUGUGCGUGUCGUGUGCCGCAGAAUCUAGACGACGACGCGUCUACUGCGUUCCUGUAGCAGCAUCACUUGCCUAGCCAAAGCGUCGUAUGCGUGUUGUGUUCAUACCCGAUAUCGAAAUGUGGUUUCGUUGUGUCGAACUUUGAACGUUUUUAUUUAUUAAUAGCAGAAUAAAAUGUAAUCACUGAUUAUUUCCGAACCACA